AUGGAACACUAUGAAAAGUUUCCAUGGGAUUUUUGUAUAUUAUUAUGUGUAUUAUGCGCUGAAAAAAAUAGAGCCAACUCACCGAUCUCUGGAGGGGCUGAAGUGUUCAAGGAUGUUUUUGUGAUAAUACUGGGCUCUGGCACCUCCAUACCGCUCGUAACCACCGUCCGACAGUCCUUUAUCCGAAUUGGCCGACCGGUUGGAUGCCUAGAGCUGGUGGAAAUGAUUCUGCUUCGGCUCUACUGA